UCGUUCCCGCAUUUCAAAGAUUCAGGUUCCAUUCUCAUUUCAGCAGCAGAUAAUCUCUCUCUCCCUCUCUCUCUCCUGCUUACGGCGCCGGUUCCGUCAGUUUCCGGCCUCGUCUUGAGCUUGCGGGCGCCGAUCGCAGCAGCAUGUGGAUAGAGAUCCUUUGUGGACUGGUCUUCUUCCGAAUUUUCCGGCGGUUCUUCUGCGAAGACGACGAAGAUGUCCUGCAGAUCACCGGCGAUUCCAGCGUCAUCUUCCAUGUCGCAAACAGAAUUGAGAAGCUCUAUGGUGGGAAAGUGUAUGUUGGGCUUCGAAUUCCAGACACCGAUAGCAGUUCCCGACAGAGUAUCGAUAUGGUUCUUGUUACCAAAGGAGCGGCAAUGGUGAUUGCUGUUAGGAACUUCUCCGGACUUAUAGACAUUGACAAUGAUGGAAGCUGGAUUUGUUCAAGUGAGAAAAGGCACAAGACGGAGAGGCAUUCGGACCCUGUAUUGGAAACUAAAAGACAAGUUGCAAUUCUUGAAUCAUACUUGGAACAAAGGGGGGUAACUUUGCCUGAAGGAUGUUUGAUUGGAAAGGUUGUCCUCCCAAAUCCAAAAUGCAGGACCACACAUGCGAUAAGUUUCCUGCCAGAGGUCAUUUCCUUUGACGAGUGGACGCAGCUUAAACCUGAAUCAAAAAUCGGAUUUUCUAGUUGGAUCAAGGAUGCAUUUCGUGGAGGAAAGAGUGAAACACUGGAUGGGAUGUUUCAGAAGCUUCAUUUCAUUCUCAAUACAGCACCAAUGUGGGAUAGGUUGGAGCUUAAAGGUGAUAAGUAUGUUCUUGGAGAAUUUUCGGAUUUUAAGGGAAAGCAUGAAGAUAUGCAGGCGUUGAGAAAUGUGAAGAGAUCAAAAGUCAGCCGGUUGAUCAUCCAAAGGUCAACCAUGUUUAGUGGUUUAGGUAGAUCAAAGGUACAAGUGUUGUAUGCUCCCCGCGAUUUUCGAAUUGAGGGAAUGUCUGCUCCUGAGUGGAACGAAGCAACGGUGAAGUCAAGCACUGAGGUUCAGUUUCAGCCUAUAGGUUCAAAGAAAACCGAAAAGAUCAAGCUCUCCUCAAUAGUUUCGAUGUCUUUGAGUGCCUGAGAAUCUCUCCCCUACACCCUACCGUGUUGGUAUGUGAACUCCAACUGCUAUGGAAGAUGUUCUGUUUUUUCAUAUUGCCUUGAGAUUAUUUUUGUCAUUAUAUGUGGGGAAAUUUAGACCUAUAUGUAUUGCAAAACAUAUUACCCAGAAAGAAAAUAUAUCUGUACGACGUAUACACUGCUGCAACAAUGGAAUUUUGGUCCCGAAUCAAGUAAGAUUUGAAGGCCAUCUGUUGCAGAUUUUAAGGUGUCCAGAAUGGCCUUUCAUAGUCUCUUAACUUGAUUGCUGUUGGUUUC